UUCACUCACAUAACAUUCUUCUCCACAGGGACGCUUCUUCGAGCUAAUCCUACAGGGGUCACUAGCCGUUAUGUCUUCAUCAUCCGAUGAAGUUGCUGCCGACUUCAAAGAUGCCUUGCAAGAUUUAAAGCUCAAUAGCAGACCGGAAAUCAGCAAUUUGACUAUCAUCGCCAAAGAGAACACAGAGUAUGCCCAGGCAAUAUCGCAAGAACUGGAAAAUCAUAUUAGGACUACACGCCCCGAAUGGAAGCUUCCGGCUCUUUACGUACUUGAUUCCAUUGUCAAGAAUGUCGGAACACCGUACACUGUUUACCUUGGUCGUAACUUAUAUCGGACUUUCAUGGACGCAUACCUAGUAAUCGGCGAAUCCACCCGCAAAGCGAUGGAAGGCUUGUUGAGAACAUGGAAGCAGCCCGUGCCUGAUUCUAUGGAUCCGCGCCCUGUCUUUCCUCCUGAAGUGACUGGUGACAUUGAAAAUGCACUCAACAAAUUCCGGUCGGCUAUCCAAUCUACUCCAGCUGCUCGACCAUUACACGUCUUACCCCCUAGACCUGCCACAAAUACGACUUGGCGAAGCACUCCAACUCCUCCGCAAAACGGAAAUCGAUAUACUGCUCCCCAAGAUCCAAGAGCUCGCCAGCAGUUCCCUCCCACCCCACAAUACGGGAGCUAUCAAUCCCCUGUGCCUGGCCAGAAUACUUACAGCACUCCACAACCACUGCCUUCGCCUAUGUCCUCGAACGACCUGGAUGAUCUGAAGGCAGAGGUCGGGAAGCUGAUUUCCAAUACGCAGCAAGCUUUUGCCUAUAAUCCUGCCGACACUGCUCUCCAGACCAAAUUGAAUGCUCUAUUGCAGUUGAAGAAGGUUCUUGAUACACAAACUUUGCCUCCUCAGCAACUUGAAGCUGUCCGCAUGCAGGUCAGGAACCUAGCCCCGCCUCCUACACCUGUGCCCACCCAAACCCCAGUCCCAAACUCAUCUUCUUUGCCAAACUUUGUGCCUCCAGUAUCGUUUCAACCACCAAUGAUACAUUCCCCGCACCAAAAUACAAACUCCCCCUUUCCUCCGCCCUCAAGUGCGCCUGUCAAUCUUGCACAAUUACUUGCAAAUGCAAGACCACCUGCUCCUCCAGUCACUGCAAUGUCUCCUGCACCACCAAUGCCUGCAGCGCCUGCGAUGCCAAAUUUGGCAGAUUUUCUUCGAGCGGUUCCUCCUCCCGCGCAGUCUUCAUCGACACCCGCCGUGACACCAUUCUUUCCACCCUCGUUUCCGGUGCGCCCUGCUGUUUCAACGCCGAUUCAAACACCUGCCAUCUCAACUCCAGCACCGGCAACUGCACCUACUGCCAACCUUGCAGAGCUUAUCGCACAGUUCAGCAAACCCCCAACAGCACCUCCUGCACAGCCAGCUCAAAUUCCGCCCCCACAAUUUACACCACAGAUACCAACCGGAGCCCCUACCCAGGGAAAUCCUGAAUGGCUUUUAAAUGCUCUCAAAGGGCUACCAUUUUUAGCCACACCUUCUGGUUCCACACCUCUGGCAUCCGAGCCCAUGACACGACAGUCAUCUGCUCCCACAAAUGGUGUGGGUGAAAUCGAGUUGACAACUGCAUCCUUAAAACAGCCCCGGUUUCAUCUAAUCUCGAGAUUGUAUGAAGCAUAUCCGAAUAUGUGCUCCACCUGCGGCCGACGAUUUGAAUCCACGCCCCAGGGCAAGGAGAAGAAGGCGCGCCAUAUGGACUGGCACUUCAAAGUUAAGGAUCCCGACGCUGCCAAACGUGGCAUUCAUCGAAGCUGGUAUAUUAGUGAGAAGGAAUGGUUGGAAUACCGCGAGAUGGACGAGACGUCACCCGAUCAAGCCAACAACGGCGCUUCUGGGUCUGCUACUGCUGUGAAGAAGCAAGCACAGGAUCGAUAUGUUCCUGUUCCCCAGGAUCCCGCAGAGGCGCAGGUUCCCUGCCCAAUUUGCCAAGAAAAAUUCAAGAAUGUAUGGCUUCCGGAGGGUAAUGAGUUUGUGUGGAUGGAUGCAUUGCAAGUGGGUGGGAGAAUUUAUCACGCGACUUGCUAUGAAGAAUAUAGCAAAGGAGCAGGAAUCGCGAUGCCGAGCACCCCAGACUCUGUCCUUGGAAAACGCAAGGCAGAGGCUGGCACACCGGCCUCCGGCAAAAAGGCGCGUGCUUAUUGAGCCAGGACGUCAGACUUGUGUGAUCGCAUUAAAUAAUCAUUCUUCCGAAUUGUGGCAUAGCGAAGGCGUUUUGGAAUCAUUCAUAU